AUGUUGACAAAAGUCUUGGAGGCAACUCCAAACGAUGUUGAAGUUUUGAUAGAUCUUGCUCAGCUUCUGGAAGGAGUUGAUCCGCAUAAAUCGCUCAUUCUCUAUGAAAAUGCUUGUGAUCUCAUAAAAACGAGUGAAGAUGGUUUACAAAUUGAUCCGCCAGCUGCUAUCUUAAACAAUAUCGGAGCCUUGCACAUGACUUUGAAAAAUUAUGAAAGGGCGAAGGAGUACUUCGAAGCAGCGGAAGCUAAGCUCCAAGAAGAUUUGGAGGGAGAUCUGUGCGAUUCGAAACUUUCUUCCUAUGUCAUCACUAUGAGAUACAACCUCGCUAGAUGUUUGGAACACUUGUGCUUGUUCGAAGACGCUGAAGUUUUAUACAAAGGCAUUUUGAGAGAACAAGAAAAUUACACGGAUUGUUAUCUACGUCUCGGAUGUCUUGCACGCGAUCGAGGGCAGAUUUAUGAAUCAUCGGUGUGGUUCAAAGAAGCGAUGUCCGUUACUGUUGUAUAG